AAAAAAAAAACAAAUCUUUCCCAAGAAAAGGGAACCUGAAUGCUGAGUGCUGGCAACGGCAUUCCCUGGAAACAACAACCAAGCAUUCCAACGAAAAAAAGGAAGCUCUUUUUUGAACUACCUCGUCACGAGACAUCCUUGAAUCCCUCUCUACUUCCACCCUUCCUCUCUCUCUCUCUCUCUCUUCCCCAUUAGUGAAUCAAGCAAGAGCUCAGAACCUCUCUUUCUUUCUCUCUCUUUCUCUAUCUCUCUCUUUCUCUAAUCUUUUCUCUAAUUAGCCCAUCUUCCCUUUUUAUGAAUGGAUAACCUCUUCAUUCACUGCUUCUUCCAUCAUGAAGCAGGAGUACUUCCCACCACUAAACUUUUCUCUCAAUCGAUGCAUCUGUUAAUGAACAGAACAAAUCUUCAUCUUCUUCUUCUUUCAUCCUGACCAACUUUCUCCUCAAUCUUCUCAUAUCCACUUAUGUAUUCAAAUCUCCAUUUUUGGAUAAAAAACAUGCUGACAGACGAUUUUGCUAUAAUCUCCAACUCUUCGAGAGGAGUCUUGUCUUCUCCUUCAGCCACGCCUAUAUAACUUCCCAAAUCCUUGAUAAAGAUGAGAUCUUGCUUCGGGGCUUUAUGGCUGGGAAAGAAAGGAAGGGCUGGUGGCUGUAUAUCCCUACCGCCGCCGCUCGAUCCUGCUUCACUUCCCUCUUCUUCUUCUCCUUCAUCUUCCACAUUUCCAAAGAGGAGACCUCCGGCUUCGGAGGCGGAUAUAAUGGAGAGGAAGAGGUGGGAUAGUUUGGAGUCAUGGUCGAUGUUGCUGGAAGCUGGGAAUGCGGAGAGCUCGGAGGGAAAUGAUGGGGGGGAAAGAGAGGAAUGGAUGGCGGAUCUCUCUCAACUUUUUAUAGGGAAUAAGUUUGCUUCUGGUUCACACAGUAGGAUUUACAGAGGGAUUUAUAAGCAGAGGGCAGUGGCUGUGAAGAUGGUGAAGAUACUCGAUCAGGAUGCUGAGAAACGUGAGAGUCUGGAGAAGCAGUUCAAGUCUGAGGUUGCUUUCCUUUCUCGCCUCUAUCAUCCAAACAUAGUUCAGUUCAUUGCAGCAUCCAGAAAGCCUCCAAUGUACUGCAUCAUCACAGAAUACAUGUCCCAAGGUACUCUUAGAAUGUAUCUUCACAAGAAAGAGCCAUACUCACUAUCUACAGAAACAAUCCUUCGUUUAGCUCUAGACAUUUCUCGCGGAAUGGAAUAUCUUCAUUCACAAGGUGUGAUCCACAGGGACUUAAAGUCUCAUAAUUUGCUGCUUAAUGAUGAAAUGAGGGUCAAAGUUGCAGACUUUGGGACUUCGUGCCUUGAAACCCAGCUAAGAGAAUCGAAAGGUAACAUGGGAACUUAUCGAUGGAUGGCGCCGGAGAUGAUUAAGGAGAAGCCAUAUACUAGAAAGGUUGAUGUUUACAGUUUUGGAAUUGUGUUGUGGGAGCUUACGACAGCUCUUGUUCCGUUCCAAGGGAUGACUCCUGUGCAGGUUGCUUAUGGUGCUGCAGAGAAGAAUCUGAGACCUCCCUUAUCAACAACUUGUUCUCCCGUUCUUAACAAUCUGAUUAAGAAUUGUUGGUCAGCAAAUCCAGCUAAAAGACCAGAUUUCAGCUAUAUUGUUUCAGUUUUGGAGGAGUAUGAUACUUGCCUUAAAGAAGGACUUCCGAUGUCAGUAAAUCAGGAGCUGAAGAUUAGGAAUUCUCUCUUAGGAUUGCUCAAAGGCUUCAAGAGAUGCAUUCCAGCAAGUCCAUCAGUGCCUGUUCUUGCUUGAUUGAAAAUUUUAUAGCUCAUAUUAUUGUUUAUAUAUUUGUAUUAUUUCAUCAGUUUAUUGUAUAUGUAAAGGUCUUGUGAUUUUGAAGUUAUGAUAUUCUUAAUAAAGGAUCAUUGCUAAUGAGUUGUU